GGAAAGCAAAACAUUUUCAGGCCCGCCGCGUCUAGCAAAAAAUAUGAGAAAAAAAUUAUUAAAAAUUCGGAAAAUAGUUGAAAGUGAAGAAAAACUCAACAGAAAGGAUGCUAAAGCGUCCGUGGCCCCUGCGUCUGGGCAGUGUUGAGAACAGAAAACUGGAUAGAAUAAUUGCAACAGUACUGGUUGGGCACUGGGCCUUUGUCCAUGUAGCUGGUCUGCCUUAGAGUGCCAUGGCCACGGGAACCCAGGACCAUCGUGACCACGUCCUGGAGAAAGCCAAGCUUGUGCCACCCAUGGGGAGGCGCAAGAGAACAGAGGGAAAGCCGAAGAAGAAUUUCUCCUGCCAGGAGUGUCAGAAAGCCUUUAACAGUCUGGAAAAGUUGAAGGUGCAUUCGUACUCUCACACAGGAGAAAGACCCUACCGCUGCUCCCACCCCGACUGCACCAAGGCUUUUGUCUCCAAAUACAAGCUGCUACGGCAUAUGGCAACUCACUCGCCAGAAAAAACCCACAAGUGUUCAUACUGUGAGAAAAUGUUCCACCGCAAGGAUCACUUAAAGAAUCACCUACACACUCAUGACCCGUAUAAGGAGGCAUUCACCUGUCAGGAGUGUGGCAAGAGCUACAACACCAAGCUGGGCUUCAAACGCCACCUCGCCCUCCAUGCUGCCAACAGUGGAGACCUUACCUGCCAAGUGUGCCUGCAAGCGUUCCCAAGCACCGGCGUUCUACUGGAACACCUCAAAACACACGCUGGUAAAUCAUCUGGUGGGACCAAAGAGAAAAAGCACCGCUGUGAGCAUUGUGAGCGGCGAUUUUACACCCGUAAAGAUGUGCGACGCCACAUGGUGGUGCACACUGGUCGCAAGGACUUCCUUUGUCAGUACUGUGCCCAGCGCUUUGGAAGGAAGGACCAUCUGACUCGUCAUGUCAAAAAGAGCCACGCCAAGGAGCUGCUAAGGGUAAAAACUGAGCCAGCUGAUUCGCUGGAGCCCGUUGUUUAUGACUUGGUAUCUGGGGGCAUCAAGGAUGAGCUCCCAGGGAUGGUGAUGUCCAGGCCACAUCAGCUCAACAUGUACACAGGCCCCGUCCUGGACACAGAGUCCUUCCCCACCUCAACACACCCUUUUCCUUUAAAGUAUGCGCUGGGCUCCAACUUUACCUCAUACACCUUCUCCUCACAGGAGCGGGAGCAGAAUCUAAAGGGAGAACUGGAGACCUACCUGAUGGAGCUGCAGAGCAGCAUGCCCUCCUCAUCCUCUGCAGCACAAGAGCCCCAACUCUCCUCCAAACUUGAGUUAGAUACUCAAGUGGGUGUACUAGAGCAGGCAAGCCAGGAGGUAUCCCUGUCCAAAAUAUCCACUUCAGUGGCAGCAGCCACUGCAGGAGACUCUCUGGCUUCGUCCUCCUCUCUGAUGGACUUCUCACAGCUUUUUAACUUUCUGCCGCUCAACGGGCCUCCAUACAACGCAGCAGGGGGGCAAGGUGUCACCUAUACACCCAGUGAAGAAUCCACACCCCUGGUCCAGCUGCCGCCCCAGCCCCCUGAAGGGAUCGAGACUGCAGAGGGUUCUCUUCAAGGACUCCCCUCCUCUUUCAUAUCCAACCUGAGCACACCUACCACACUGCCCCGCUUCCAUCAAGCUUUUCAGUGAUCCAGUAUGUACUGCACAAGGCACACAUGCACUCACACAUACACAGAGACAACAUACAAAACACAAUCAAAAAAAGGAAAAAGUGUACAAAACACAUGCUUAGCUACAAAAGCAUACCAGUUAGCACUGAAACUAGAUGCCACUGAUAAUACAAUAAAACACAUUUCUCUCCAUUGAGCAGACAGUUAGACAUACAUGAUGAUUAGCCCUAACAUCAGCAUGUACACACACACACACACACACACACACACACACACACACACACACACACACACACACACACACACACACACACACACACACACACACACACGCUUAAAAGGCUAACUAAUCUAUUAUUUUUCCUGUUGGGAUAUUUUCUUUUUAGCUAUCAAGCUUUUGGAUUGACAAGUUGGCAAAUCGCCUCCCCCACUUUUUUCUUAAAGACAUGUCCACAUUAACGUCAGUAAAAAUUGUCCUUUGUCUGGGUGUUUAAGAAACAAUGUCCAAAUUUUCAGUCUUGCAAUUAGCAAGUUCUAAACACAUCAUGUGUUGUUCUAAUCUCUAGGAUGAUUUUCUAUUCAGAGAUCUGCAUGCUACACUGUAUAUUAAUAUCUUUAAUCACAGUACAAGUAGCAGAAUUCAACCAUGAUCUUUGCUCAUUAAGGUCGGGGAAGCUUAAACUCUGUGCUUUGCCGCUCUGUGCAAGUAAAAAAAAAAAUUCAAACACAUUAAUGGAGUAAAAAAACUGUUCUUCCACAACAAUACAUAAACAACCUAACAAGAAAUUGCGAGCUGUGUUAGUCUAUACAUAAAUACGUCUUCUGAGAGUUAGAUCAUUUUCAUUGAUGUGGCAUUUUUCUCUUCUCUGCUUAACCCUUAAACUCUUCAGGAUAGAUUGAUCCUUAGUAUGCAAGUUUCACAAUCUAUAUUAUUUUUACAUGCAGCACUUCGAGCUUUAGGAUAUCAUUUGUUGUCACAGUUCAUCAUCAUUUCAUAAUUUUUCCCCUUUUGUGGCAGGGACCAACUUCUAGUUUUGGAAUGUUUUUGCUCAUUUACACAUAAUAUCCAAAUAUUAUUCUAUACUACAAAUGGCUGUGGAAUAAAACCCAAAACCAUAGCAGAUGCUGGAUGCAUCAUUUUCCAAGGCAGCGAAUUAAAUUCAUUGAAUUUAAAACAUGGAAAUCAAAAAUGUCAGUUACUUCACGUCUCAUCAUCUCUGGUUGUAUUUUUGUCAACAACCCGACAAAUAUACGCUCAUACCAUUGUGUUCCUACAGUAUGCAGUACAGUGAGGUUAAAAGCAGAUCUAAUGUUUUAGGGUAACACAGCCAGGCUUCAUGUUUAAGACAGUUUAUUUAGGGUACCAACAGCUUAAGAUGAAAGGUUGGAAUAUCUUAAAUAUCCUGUAAAGAAAUUAAGGUUUGAUUAAAUGAUAUCUGGUUAGAAGUAAAUAAGCAAAAACAUGCAAAAUAUUGACGUGUACAUUUUCAUCAGUCUAUCAAGCAGAAGUUUAUCCACAUUAAUGCUCUGAGUAGGAACGGUAAGCAAUUUUUCUUGUGCUUAACAUUUUAUGGUUGAAGUGAGUAGAUUUCCUAGUUCAACGUAAAUUCCCAAAUAGUGGUGACGUUGACAUAGGAGCUGAAAAUUAGUCUUUUUUUGUUUUGUAGUAUCCCCUUUUCUUUCUUGUCAGUAGUCAACGACUUGCGCCAAAAGUUCAACUUUAUUUUUUUUUUUUGGAUAAGAGUAAUAGGAUUGUCUUGUUUGGGAAUAGUGGGCAUUGACUAAAUGUUUAGAAACAAAAGGGAAGAAUCUCAAUCUGGAUUCAAAUUGAGGCAGUCAAGUUGCUCUUUGGAUAGGCAAACACAGAAGCAUAGCACUAACAAGCAAACCCCCUCCUCUUGCUCUCACCUUAAACAAUAAAGCGGCCUUUAUUGUGAUUGACCUUUAAAACCCUAAACGCAAAAAAGCUUUGUUGUGGUGUUUUAAGUUUUUAGUUUCAGUUGUGCCUCAAUUGCAUUAUUAUAUUUUUACUUGACCUCAGCUUGACUUAAAAACGCUGCAUCCAUCCCCCAGAAUACAAAUCAUCUCGGGUGAUUAAACAAUAAACAUGAAAAUAAAAUCACAAGGCUUAUAUAAUAUAGCAUAUUUGAAGUCUGAAGUGUCUAUCAGGAAAAAAGCUGGCCCUUGUACAAAUGUAGUUGAUGACCCCUAGUGUACUGUACUAGUGUAUAAAAUAUGGCAAUGUGGGACUCAACAUUAUAUGCAGUUAUUUUGACCAGAUGUGCAAGUACCGCAUUGCACACCUAGUUUGAUAAAUAAGUCCAUAUUAUUGUUCUAAACAUCCAUUAAACAAAUCAAUUCAGAAGAUGGAAUAUUUCAUGAUUAGAUGAGUGAGACCUUUGGUGAUUUAAAAAAAAAAAGCCUGGGUAUACACUUUUUUUGAAAAAGAGUUCAUUUAACUUCCAGAAACAAUUCAAGUAUGAGUCACCCCCUAAAAAACGGAUUUUAUUCCAACCUAAAGAAGAUUUGAUUGGAGCUUCAUUUUAAUUGCACUUUAAUACUCAUGCUCGUAUGCUUCCAGAAAAUGUCAUUUUCAUAAUCCAGAAAAAAAUCCAGUGAUACUGUACAUCAUUUUGAGGUUAAAAAAAAUAUCUAAUUUAAAAAACAGUGAGGCCUCCAGGAUUUGCCUUUUAUACUUGAUCUUCCUGUCUUUCAGAACGAGUCUUUCACUUUCUUCAUCAUUGACCAGAAUGUUAAAGAUGGGGGCUUGAAUAAAACAAGUUACAUUUUUGGGGUCUUUGGCUGUAGAUCUACCAAUGAAAAAUAGCAAGAAAAUUAACAUUGUCCCUUUUUUAAUUGCUUUUAGUGCCCUCUAACUCGGCACUUAGCUGUAUAGGGCAAGCUGCCAUAUGAUGAACAAUCGAAGACUCUAGUUGUGCUUGGGCAUAUCCCACAUGCAAAUGUGCAAAACUGCAUGAAUUUAAAGUAUGCUGGAACAGAGCUGAGUUUCAAAGCUAACCUCCCCGAAUGAAAAUAUAAAAAUAAAGCCAAUCAUUACUGUUUUUAUUCCUACCUAUUUAGGACAUGCAAAUGCCUUUAAAUACAGUUUGACAGUAAGAUUCAACAUCUUUAGGAAUGGCUGUUUUGUUAUUCUUCAAGUGUCUCUGACUAAUCACAUAAACGUGUUUUUCUAGUUGCCCUUAUCUACUCAUGCAGACAAUUUGAGAUAUCUGCGACUGAGACUGGCAUUACUCCAAUACAAUAUUGGUUAGAAGGACCCUGAACUGAAAAUUUAAUAGGAAUUUUGUUCUUCAUCGAUGACUCCACCUCUAACUUUUUCCUUCCAAUGCUGAUAGUAGUGUGCCUUGCCUGUUAAGAGGCUUGGUAUGAGGGGUUCACAUGCAGCAAAUCUGACUUUUAAUGCAGAAAACAGGACUCCAUGGACUUCCAAUUGAUUCCACCUUGAAUAAGUUACACUUGUGUUUCCCUUUCUUUAUUCUCUAUUUACAGAUUCUAUACAAAAAGAACAACCUGUACACACAAGACCAGACUGUGAAAUAAGUAGUGUUCUGGUUUGCAUUGGAAGUACAUUUGUAGUCCGCCUGCAGGGGGCCUGUCCAGACUUUUUUGACUUGGGUGGUCAACUGGGGUCUGACUUGUGCAGGGGUGGCCUGAAGUGUGAUGUGUGCACAAAUAUACACAAAUAAUAUCAAUUAUUUACCCUUAUAAUCUCACCAAUCAUGUCUACUUUCUAACAUAAGAUAAUGGCAACAUUAGCUUAAUUAUUUAAUGGUCCAAAAAGAAGAUGUAUGUUCAAAGUCACAAUUAAAUGACUUAAAAAAGAAUAAUGCAUCUCCUGGAAAGUCUGACUUGCAAUGUGUUGGUCCCACCACAUUGCCAGUUAUGUCAUUGGAAGUAAUAGUUUUUAUAUACAAUUUAAAGUACAAACAAUAGUAAAUCAUGUUAUAUUGAUAUGACAACUACUAGCAGCCUUCUCCAAAAAGACCCAAUACUUGGUUUUAACAAGUCCAGUCUCUGACAGUUUAGGAAUCAGCGCUCAGAUUUCCUGGGAUUCAUUGGAAAUGAUCUGACCCCCGUUCAACAAACAAAGCUUUUAAAAAGUGUAUGUUGUCAUGAGGACAAAACUUGACAAAGCUUGUGUUUUUACUUUUUUUUUACAAAUCUGCAACAUAAAUCUGUUUCUUCAGCCGACUUGAGACGCCUAAGUUGCAAAUAAAUUACAAGAACAUUUACUUAUUUUUCAUAAUAUACCCCUUAAAUAAGCCAAAGUGAAGCUUCUGUGUGACUUAAGAUACUAUUAACAGUUAAACUAAGAUGGAGUUGUAGUAAACCAGCAAAUGACAGCCUUUUCUUUGCAGACAUACCUGGAAGGCGAUUUUCCAUUCACUUCUGAUCCGAACACAUAGUUACUUCUGAAUUUUUUUUAUAGGACUGUAAACAAUGUAACACAGCCAAUCACAAAGCCUUGGCAGAGCGCUUACUAAACUGGAAUUACUAAGAAGAUGGCCAUCAUUCCCAGAGGCAGGGUGGUCAGAGGAUUGCUGAUGGGUUCUGAGAUUGCCCGUACUUUAACCAUCCUAAGAAGUCUUACACUUAAAACUGUAGAAAGCUAAAAUAUAUAAAGGAUUAGCAAUAGGUGUAAUGAAAAGGUUGUUGAAUGUUAUCUUGUGUUUGGAAGAGUGAGACAAUGUGAUCAGUGCUUUCUGGCAAUAUAGUAGGGAAGAUCUUGUGACACAAAAACACAAAGGUAUCAAUAAUGAAAUCCACAACAAUUAUAUUCAUGUUUAAUUUACAAAACUGCAAUUUACACUUACACUGUGAUUUAAGGACAAUUUGUAACAACUGAAAAGUUGUGAUAAUGGUAAAGUUGUGUAUGCUUGGGGCUCCACAAACCAUAUUCAAUUCACCUCCAUUGUACAGGAAGAGAAAUCUCAGAACCUGGCCAAAUAAACCAAAAUUGUUUGCAUGGAUAUAUGCUAAUAGUAGGGAAGGAGAGAGAGAUGUUUUGUAUUUGUGAGUGUGUGGCCUAUGGGGGUGUGUUGAUGUACAUGUGUGCAUGUGAUCUCUGUUAAAAUACAAAUUUGACAAUAUGAUAUGGAUAGUUCUACACCUGACAAAGCCAUUUUUCUGGAGCUUUUGUUAAGUGAGAGAUGUAGAAAGGUCAAAGUCAAAGCUAUAGUCGUAAAGCUCCACCCGGCAUGACGUUUACUUCUAAGGAAACAGUGGUUGAUAUUUGGUCAUGAGUAGUGAAGAUCACUGAGGGGUAUAGCUGUGUUCAUCUCAAAUGGAUUGUCAGUCUCCCCAGUGCCUCACGUAGUCCAAACAGACACAAAGUUCACCUUGUUUUCCUUUUAAAAUAAAGAAGCACAGAAGCUUCAUCACCCUUUUAAAUCUGUUCUGUGAUGUGCAAAACUAUCUAGAGUUUUGAAUGGCUUUUAAAUCUUGAGUUUCAGAAGUUGACUUUAUGAACAAUAAGUUUUAGAACAAGCAGAUCGAGUUUCCUCUUUAAUGAUAUGUGUCCUUUACUGAAAAUUGAGGUUCAAUGUAUAUAUAACAAAAAAGUAUAGAAAACUUCAACUUACUGCCAUUAGCAAACACCAGUACCUUUCUUGGCAGUGUUGAACAUUUAGGUUUUUUCAGUGUACUAAACCACACAUCAUGACGUGUCAUAAAGCAGUCUGCGGCCAUCUUUGCAUUUAGUUAUCUGCUUUUUUUUGUUGCCAUAUUUCUAGCUGUUGCUAGCUAUGAGCCUCUGCCUGAAAUAUCCUUCUCAUGCAGUUACCAUGGUGCUUUGCUAUCAGAUUCCCUGUGCCUUUUAUCUUGCUGACUUACUCUUUUAUUGAUUGAAAUCACAAUUGAAAUGACAACUGAUAAUACAAAUGCUGACUGAUGUAAUUGCUUGUAAGAGUCCCAAUGAAAAUAAUCAAACUAUUAAAUCGAUAAUCCGACCAAUGACAGCUUGACUGAAGGGUGAUAGGUUAAAAAAGUGAUGUUAAUGGAUGAAUAUGGUUUCCCCCCCAAAAAAAUGAUACACAUUUCAUCUGUAGGCAAACUACCUUUAGACACACCCACAAGAGACAACGGAAUACAAUCAUUAUGACUAAAUACUGACUUUACAUACUGCAAGAAAUUGCCCAAACUUCUCCUCUUACCUUCGAACACAUCAGUUAAAAAGUGCUGCAUCUUAGUUCCACAGAUUGUUUGAUGCAUAUAACCCAAGAGUGUUAUUAUUUACCUCACAUACUGAUCAUUGUUUUUGUGCUCUGAGAUUCAGAAGAAAAUGAUGAACUAUGAUAAGUGUUAAGUCCCCUCUAGAUGACAGGAUGAGACACGAGUGGAGACAAUAUUGUUUGUGGGAUGUUGUAAUGUUUUCAAAGCAUUUAUGGAAGUUUGCUAUUCUCAUCUUGUGAAGGUUUGUGGAUUUUACAAGAGCUGUUAGCAAGCCGCUAUUUGUAUGUAAUCAUAGCACUUUUUUGUAAAUUGAAUGCCUUUUAUUUCCUCCAAUACCUUUUUGUUUAAAACAUCUGUUACAAAUGUAUAGAUGAUAUAUUUAGCUCUUUUAGAGAACAAUAACAUGUAAAUACAAUAUAAAUGUUUUAUUUUUACAGGUACAAUUUUGACAGUGUUUUUUCCUAUCAAAGUGUCAUUUUUUUUUUUUGCUUUACUUGCACAAGUGUUCUGUGUAUCUCAUUGAGGGGUCUUUAAACAAAUAAUGUAUGACUUUUAGCUGCCAAGUUUGUAAGAAGGCCUUUUUUUGACUAUACAUCCGCUGGUUUAGGUGAGAGCACAAGCAAUAAUUAAGCUUAAAUGGACAGUAGCACUUAACAAUGUCACUUUGUCAUUGUUCACUUAGAUGACAAAACGGCAAACAAAAUCGAUUUGCAUUUAUUCCCAGAGUGAUUUGUCCUCUUUUAUAAUCCUUUUACCUUGUGAAAAAUGAUGACUUGAUUUCUUGGUGGAAUUUGUCGAGAAGCAUUUCUAUGAACACAAAUAUUCCAAUGAGUUAACUGAUUGCGGUUUCAACCCGGUGCAACCCAGAUAACCCGUUUGGUUUGGAUGACAGAAUCCAGGAAUUUGGUUUGGGAAGAAGAAAAAGUGGGAAAAAAAACAAAACUCUACACAUGGUUCUGAAAGAGACUGAAAAGACUAGAAAGAAAAAGAAACAUCUCCCUCACUCUUGACCAACAGAAAGGAGAUGCUCUUCAGUGAGAGACACAGACAUUUAGCAAUUCAUGUAAAACUUCUUUAUAAGCUUCAGUGGUACCAGUGAACUUUAUUGAAUGUGUAUGUAAGAAACACUGCAAUACUGCAAUAUAUUUUGGUAUUGGAUCAAGCUGCUAACAUACUUCUCAAGCUCCUUAAGGUGCUACAGACCUCUUUUCUAGUUCUUAAAUGUAUCGUUUGUACAAAGUAUCCAUUUUAGCUGACUGUUGGCCUGUGUGUGCCUGGUUGUACUAUAUAGCUACAUUAUAUUUUUUAUUGUACUGUGACUUUUGUAGUCUUUUUACAGACUUGCCUGUAAUAUCACAUGCCACCCCACCCCACCCCCUCCUGUGUGUUGUGAUAGUGGGAAAUUGAGUCACGGUGGGAGAUGCUCUUGAGUGAAGUCACUCAGCAGAGAUGAAGACAUCAGUGCGAACGCUGAAAAAAAACAAAAAAACACACACACGACUCCAGGUGAUGCUUUUCAAAUAUGAGCUGAGGAAGUUCAGAGAUGAACCGCAUUCCAGCCAUGUUGGUUUGGUUUUCUUUUGCAUUUCAACAAUGCCAUUCUGUUACAAUGAUGGACUCAUUGCUAAUCCACAAUAUUUUAUGUCAAAUCAAUUUUACAAACUACUGGUGUAUUUUUUUUUUUUUUAAAUAUAGGCAAAGUCAUUCACAUCAACAUAUAGAUAUAUAUAUAGGUAAAUAUAUAUGUAUAUGUCUAUAGGUUGUGUAGAAUCAAAAUGAAUGCUGCAGCUGUUAUCCAUUGUUUUUUUAAAACAUUGACAUCAUCCAAAGAGGCAGAUUAUUUAUUGUCUGGCGGAAUAACCUGAUUUGAUUUACAUACCUUGCUGCUAUGAGAGAGAAGAGCUGCAGUCGUUAACUCCAGUGUUUUUACACAAUGUAAUGAAAGUUCAUUAAACAUACAGAAGGAUUCAA